AUUUUUUCCUUUUUUUCGCUUAUAUCAAUUUUCUCUAGAUCUAUCACCGUUACUUCUUCUCUAAGUUUUCCGCUGCCGUCCUCACCGGAAUAUCGUCGGAGGUUCGAUCUAUAUCGCCGGGAUAUUCUUCAAGCCAACAGCUUUCUCUUUAGUCGAAAGAAAUGUACAAUAACUUGGGAGCCCAGCCUGGGGUGCCUAGGCCGCCUGUAAAUCCUCAACCAGCACCAUUUGGUAAUGCAUUUUAUGGUGCUGGUUCUGGUCUUAUCCGAGGUGGUCUAGGUGCAUAUGGAGAGAAAAUUUUGGGAUCAAGUUCUGAGUAUGUGCAAAGCAAUAUAAGUAGAUACUUCUCUGAUCCUCAAUACUACUUUCAAGUGAAUGAUCAAUAUGUGAGAAACAAAUUGAAGGUUGUUUUACUGCCAUUUCUGCACAGGGGCCAUUGGACAAGAAUAACCGAGCCAGUAGGUGGUAGGCUUUCCUAUAAACCCCCGAUUUUUGACAUAAAUGCACCAGAUUUAUACAUCCCAUUUAUGGCAUUUGGUACCUACGUUGUUCUUGCUGGAUUAUCGCUUGGCCUUCAAGGAAAGUUUAGCCCCGAAGUACUCAACUGGUUGUUUGUUAAGGGAUUAUUUGGCUGGUUUCUGCAAGUCAUGCUGCUGAAAGUAACAUUACUAUCAUUAGGCAGUGGUGAGGCACCUUUGCUCGACAUUAUGGCAUACGCAGGGUAUACUUUCACGGGACUCUGUUUGGCUGUUCUAGGAAGGAUCGUAUGGAGAUAUUCAUACUACUUUUUGAUGCCUUGGACGUGCUUAUGCAUGGGAGUCUUCUUGGUAAAGACGAUGAAACGAGUCCUCUUCGCGGAGGUUAGAAGUUACGAUUCUAGCAAGCAUCACUAUCUUUUGCUCUUUAUCGCCCUGGUUCAAUUCCCGCUUUUCACAUGGCUAGGUAACAUUAGUGUUAACUGGCUUUUCUAAAACUGCAACCACUGUCUAAAUUGUGUGUUUAUACCAGCUUCUUUUAACUCUGAUUUUAGGCAAUUUUCACAUUAGAGAAUUUCUUCUCUGUCUAGAAUAUUUUUGUUCCCCAAAUUCAUAAAAACCAAUUUCCAUGUGCUGAGAAAUCUAAAAAUAUUAGUUCC